AUAGUUAAAUCAAGCAGCAAUGACCUUGUUCUUGUUGUUUGGCUGCCUUGGCGACGACUUCAUUCAGCAUGUUCCGUGUUUUAGACUUGUCUAGACAUACGAUGUGCGGCUGCAACGAAAAUUGUCCUUUUCAACAGGCAGGUGUGUUUCACUGCACAAUCCAGAGAGCUAAGCAAACUGUUCUUAUGUUCCUUUAUCUGAUACUCAUAACCAACCUUCCAGUGUCGGCCAGCGAAUCCUAGAAGCAGAAAACACAGCAAUCACAAGCAACGACAAUGGGGCUCGGAACGUGCAGAUCCACUCUGUUGUCAGUAUCGAUCUACGUAAUAGUUGCAGUUGCAGGGACCGUUGUUAUCAUGUUUAUGGAACGUGAAGGCAUGAAGCGGACAGCGAAUAAGGACGAGCCGAAACCUGGAAAUACAUCGGCGGCGCCAAACAAUUCCAAAAAUCUGACAAUGCAUGCUAAAGAGUAUCUAGAGAACCACGCCUCGCUCAGCUGGUCCUUGGAUGAUACAGAAAAGCUUAUUAAAGAGAUCAAAGGUUUUGAGAGUAAAUCAAGGCAGCUUGCUGAGAAUGACAACCAUGGCUGGCGGAAGCAGCUCAGUCUCGAUACAUUCUCAACAUGGAUGUAUUUUGCAGUGUGCACAACGUCAACCAUCGGCUACGGAGACAUCACGCCUAUUUCUAACGGUGGGAAGAUCUUGGCAAUCUUACUCGUUGUGAUUGGAGUCCCAGCGAAUAUUUACAUGUUUGCAUGUGUUGCUGCUUUCCUUACUAGAUGUAUUGCAAGAUUGAAGAAUCUGAUCGCUUCAAAAUGCAGAAACAAAAGUUCGUGCAAGCCCGACAUGCUUUGCUUCUUCCUGUGCAUAAUCAUUUUGUUGCUGUAUGUUGGAGGUGGUGGGAUUGCAGUUGGCUUUUCUGAGGGCUGGAAAUGGUAUGAUGGCCUUUACUGGUCCUUCUCAAGUGCAGCAACAGUGGGGUAUGGUGACAUUAUACCAAAAAGCAGAGCGAAAUUUACCUUUGCCUUUUUCAGUGUUAUCAUCAUGAUAAUGCCAGUUUAUGCCAUCCAUCAAGCAUUGCAACAGGAAGAUGAGGUUAUGAAGGAGGACCGUCUUAUGGCAAAGGCAGAAGAUGUUUAGACAGCUUGGCCUAUAUCUUGUCUUUCAACAACUGUUCAGAGCAUUAAACUGCAUGUUUUCGACGAAGAUUCUGUCACUGACUGUUUGGCUGUUUUAUUUGAGAAGUAUUACUCAUUGUGCUUUUGACGUUUCUAUGGAGAUGGUUUGGUUACAUGACAAUUGUAGAAGAACGUGGCCAGUACCAGCAGUUAACGUCUAUAGACACUGUGUUUUGCCCCGUACUUACUAUAUGAAGUUAGGAAAAUAUUGCUUCUAAGUAGAAUCAUUAUUGGGAAGGUGAUCAAGAAAUAUCAAUUGGUGCAAAGACAUUUGUUUAGCAUAAAUUUAAUUUACUUUAUUGAUGUCAACUUUGUCACUGGUAUAUAUAUUUAGACUGAGUUUAAACACCCAGAACAUUGAAAAAGCCAAGAUUUGCGUAAAGUAAUUAGUUUGAGCCCAUAAGGUUUUGGCUAACAAGAAUUCAGGGAAGCUGCUUAUGAAUAAAAACAGUACAAACACUUUCCAUGUAGAGACUGUGAUUAGAUUAAGAAAAGUAGGUUUCAUGACAGGGCCGAACUUGUCUACAUGAGUGGAAUACAAGUUUACUACUGCUGUCUAGGUUUCAAAUCUGAGUAACAGCUUUAUGGCUAGGCUGCAUUUGUAUUUACAUAUAUAGCUGUG